UCAACUUUAGAGAUGUUUUCAAUAGUAGGAGACGAGAAAACUUCUGUUUCUUCAACCUCAAGUUCUUUAUCUCGAACCGCAAGUCCAUGUCCAAUUUCUGCGGAUGAAGAGGCUUUCUUAGAAUGCAUCGAGGUUAUCGAAUCCAACUUAGGAGAUACUAAUAUUAUCAAUAAAGUUAGCAAUAAAGAAAAAAAAUGGUGGACCGAUGGGAAUUAUAAGCUUUGCCUAUUUGUUAGACUACCUCUGCGCCUAGUAGAAAAUGCGACAUACCAUGAUUAUGAGGAAAAGAGUGAAAUUGCAAAUGCAGGCAGAUUUUGGGAGUUUGAUGACGGCGUUGUUAUCAUAUUUGAGUUACCAAAUCGUGAUCAUGAAGCCGCACACGGAGAAUUCACAUUUCAAUUUAUGUCUGCUUUUAACAAUCUGUUAUUUCAAGAUCGCGUUUUUAGUAUUGAAGCAACGAGUAUGUAUCUUAGAAAUGGCAUAAGGCGCCUUCUUAUGUAUGGUGUUUUGAUCACGUAUAAAAUAUUAUUAAUUCCAUUAUGUCCAGCUUGUCUUGGUUCGGGACGAAGUUCUGCCAAACAACCUGAUGCUUCAUUUGUGCCCAAUCGCUUACCUAGGCCAUCCCUUAAUCCAAGUGAUUCUCAG